AUGACAACUAUUGCAAAGAGUACUAAGAAAAUGAAGUCAAAGCAUUUAAAGUCAAAAACUGACGAAUCCAAAAAGAUUAAAGAAGUUAAAAAAAUUGAAAAACUAGAAACCAAAAAACAGAAAUCUAAAACAAGUAAAGAAACUGAUAAUUCAAAGGAUUCUGAUAAUUCUUCUUCUGAAGAUGAAGCUGAAGAUAUGGAAGCCACUAUGAAAUCUUUAAAAGAAGAUGAUCCUGAUUUUUACAAAUAUCUAGAAGAAAACGAUAAAGAUUUGUUGGGCUUCACUGCUACAAAUCCUUUGGAUGCAAUUAGUGAUGAGGAUGAUGAUGAUGAUGAUAAUGAUAAUGACGAAAAAUCAUCUAAUAAAAAAAAUAUUGAAGAUGAAAUUGUGGAAGAAAAUGAAACCAACUCAGAUAAAACUGAAUUAACUUUAGCUCUUGUUAGAGAAUGGAAAAAAACUUUACAAGGUACACCAUCUUUCAAGCAUAUUAGAAAAAUUGUUACCGCUUUCAAAGCUGCUGUCAAUUUAAAUAAUGAGGAAAUUACCGAAUCCUCCAAAUACUCAGUCACUGAUCCAAAAGCCUUUCAAGAAUUAAUGUUCAUGGCUCUAAAAGAUUUACCAAGCGUUAUUCAAAAGAUGAAUCCUUAUCAAAUUAUUAAAGGGUCUAGAUCUCUUCAAGUAAGCAAAAACACAACUAAAUUAUCAUCUAUCUUAAAAUUCCAUGCUGCCUCUUUAUUAGUUCUUUUAAAUGAUAUUAAUAAUACUGAAACUGCAGCUCUAGUUUUACAUUCCCUUAACCAACUUUUACCAUAUUUCUUGUCUUAUAGAAGAACAUUAAAAGAAUUAAUUAAAGCUGUCAUUAUUGUAUGGGCUUCAUCUAAAGAUGUAGAGACUCAAAUUGCUACUUUUGCCUUCUUACAUAAUGCAUCAAAAGAAUUCAAAAAAUCUAUCCUUGAACUGGUUUUGAAAACUAUUUAUUCUAUCUUCAUUAAAGGUUGUCGUAACACGAAUAUUCGUACUAUGCCUUUAAUUAAUUUCCAAAAAAAUUCAGCUGCUGAAUUAUUUAAUAUUGAUCAAGUUUUAAGUUAUCAAAUAUGUUUUGAAAGUAUUAGACAGUUGGCUAUUUCUUUGAGAAACGUUAUGACUGCUAUAACUAAAAAAACACACAAGUCAAAUUCAGCAGAAUCAUACAAAUUAGUCUACAACUGGCAAUUCUGCCAUUCAUUAGAUUUUUGGUCUCGUGUAUUAUCAUCAGCUUCAAAUGUUUCAAUUCAAAAUAAAACUGAAAAUGCAUUAAGUGAAUUAGUUUAUCCUUUAAUUCAAGUCACAAUUGGUACUAUUAGAUUAAAUCCAACUGCUCAAUAUGCCUCCUUAAGAUUCUAUUUAAUUAGAUCUCUUAUCAGAUUAACUCAAAACACCAACGUUGUUAUACCAAUUUUCUCUUUAUUGUCAGAAAUGUUAACUUCAACUGCCUUCACUAGAAAUCCAAAAAAAACAAAGGGUAAUUUAGUAGCCUUUGAUUUUGAUCAUAAUAUUAAAUGUUCUCAAGGUUACUUAGGUACAAAAAUUUAUCAAGAUGGUCUAACAGAACAAUUUGUUGAAUUAAUUGGCGAAUAUUUCGUCUUAUACUCAAAAAGUAUCACUUUCCCAGAAUUUAUUACUCCUGUCGUUAUUACUUUACGUCGUUUUAUUAAAUCUUCUAAAAAUGUUAGAAUGAACAAACAAUUAAUGAAUAUGGUGGAAAAAUUAAAUAACAAUGGUGAUUUUAUUUCUAAAAAGAGAGCUACCGCUGAUUUUACACCAAGUGAUACUGCUGAAGUAGCUAACUUCUUAAAGGAAAUAUCUUGGAAAGACACUCCUUUAGGUUCAUUUGUAGCUGUUCAAAGAGAAGUAAAAGAAGAGAAAGCUAGAAUAGUGAGAGAAAGUAUUGAGGAAGAAGACAAAGAAACAGAAGAAGAUUUAAGAAGAAAGGAAGCUAAGAAACUUGGUUUAGAUCUUGAUGAUGAUGAUGAUGCUGUUGAUAUCGAAAUGUCAGAAUAA